AAGAAAAGCCCUAUUCCGUACAGUUGUAACGCUAAAAACGAUUUGUAUAAAUCAGAUUACUACACACCUCACUGCCGACUUCAAACCCUACCCCUCUCUCUCUAACACUUAAACCCUAAUUUCUGUACUCUAUAUAGCUUCUGAGAAAUCUCAAUUGCGAAAGAGCGAAACAAUGUCGGACGAAGAAAGGGAGGAGCAGGAGUUGGAUCUCACCAAUUCUGAAGUAGUCACGAAAUACAAAGCAGCUGCCGAAAUUGUGAACAAGGCGUUGCAGCUUGUGUUGCCUGAAUGCAAACCGAAGGCUAAGAUUGUUGACCUCUGUGAGAAAGCAGACUCGUUUAUCAGAGAGCAAACAGGAAACAUGUACAAGAAAGUGAAGAAGAAGAUAGAAAGGGGUGUUGCAUUCCCAACAUGCAUUUCGGUGAACAAUACAGUCUGCCAUUUUUCACCGUUGAAUGGCGACGAGACUGUAUUGGAAGAUGGGGAUAUUGUGAAAAUUGAUAUGGGGUGUCACAUAGAUGGCUUUAUUGCUGUAGUUGCACACACCCAUGUACUCCAGCAGGGGCCAGUCACUGGGAGGGCAGCUGAUGUUAUUGCUGCUGCAAAUACGGCCGCUGAGGUCGCUUUGAGGCUUGUGAGACCUGGUAAAAAGAACAAAGAUGUGAGUGAGGCAAUUCAAAAAGUUGCUGCUGCUUAUGACUGCAAGAUUGUUGAAGGAGUACUAAGUCAUCAAAUGAAACAAUUUGUGAUUGAUGGUAACAAGGUUGUAUUAAGUGCCUCAGGCCCUGAUACCAGAGUUGAUGAUGCUGAAUUUGAGGAAAAUGAGGUGUAUUCCAUUGACAUUGUUACAAGUACUGGUGAAGGCAAGCCAAAAUUGCUUGAUGAGAAACAAACAACUAUAUAUAAAAGGGCUGUUGACAAGAACUAUCUCCUAAAGAUGAAAGCAUCUCGGUUCAUAUUCAGUGAAAUAAGCCAGAAGUUCCCUAUCAUGCCAUUCUCUGCAAGGGCCUUGGAAGAGAAGCGUGUUCGUUUGGGUAUAGUAGAAUGUGUAAACCAUGAUCUGUUACAACCAUAUCCCGUGCUUCAUGAGAAGCCUGGUGACCUAGUUGCACACAUCAAGUUCACUGUUUUGCUUCUGCCAAAUGGGUCAGAUCGAGUUACCUCCCAUCCUCUACAGGAGCUGCAGCCAACAAAAACUAUUGAUGAUCCUGAGAUCAAAGCCUGGUUAGCAUUGGGCACGAAAUCGAAAAAGAAAGGUGGAGGGAAAAAGAAGAAAGGUAAGAAAGGUGAUAAAGCAGAAAACGCAGCUGAAGCUGAGCCAAUGGACGAGGCCCCAAACGGCUCAUCUGCUCAAGAAUGAGAAAAUCUAUGCUCUGUACUUUGUCAAUGAAAUUUUUGCCGUUCCGUUGUAAUGGUUGCUUUUUGGUGAAAUGUUGAUCGUUGUACUUGAGACUUGCAUUUGUCUCAGUUUGUACACUGCUCUGGACCGUUUGUGUAUCCAUUUUGCUAUUUUGGGACUUA